AUGGACAACCAAACAAGUCAGCUCGUUGUUGGUUGUCGAACCGGUGACGCUUGCCCCUUCAUUCACGAUCCUUCCAGGCUGAAAGACGCCAGUAAUGGACCUAAGCCGAGGACACGUCCCCGGCACCUUGCACAAUCUGCGCUACCAGGGAACCCUGCUGGCAGCUCCAAGCAGACUGAGGCCCAGAAUGAUACACCAGCCGGUGUCCCAUCUACAAGCUUGACGGAAGGCCGCCGCUUCAUACCACCGCCCGUAGAUGGAAGCCGCGUAGUCAGCAAGCCCGUCCCCAUAGCUCAGACCGAAGACCCAAGGGAGUUUCAGAUCAAACAGUUGAAGCGGAGGUUCUCUCCCACAGAGCAGAGCGAAAAUGGCGGGACAAGCUAUGCUUUCUCUAUGGCACCCUCAGACCCAGACUUUCCCUUUGAGAUGGUCGGGUUGGAGUGCGUGCUCCAUGUGCCGGUCACCUACCCCAAAGAGGGAAGACCGUCCAUCCAUGUCAAGAACAAGGAGAUGGGUAGAGGUUUUCAGAUCAACAUCGAGCGUGGCUUUGCCCGUUUGGCGGAGAGUAGGCCGCAGAGCACGCUGUUGGGGCUGAUGAACAGUCUGGACAAACAGCUGGAGAGCUUGCUUACGGAGCAGAAGGCUGAGACUAUCACUAUCAUCCCAAACAAAACACCGGUACAGGGAAGAAGUGUACAGCAAGAGCCAGUCAAGCCUGCUCAAGACAUUAGAGAACCUCGACCACAGCCCACGAAUCCCAGCAGACCUCAAGAGUUCUUCACCCCAGAAGUACGCCGUCUCGCUUCAGAACGUCGAGAGGCAGAAACACGCCAGCUUGAAGCCCGCAUAGGCCGUCUCCCACUCUUUUCCAAGUCUUCGGACGGCGUAGCUUAUACGAUCCCCAUAGCGCCACGGAAACAUGAAGAUCUGCCUGUGCCGUUACAAGCUGUCAACACUAUUAAGCUCUUUGUUCCUUCGCUUUACCCCUUGCAGCAUUGUAGGGUUGAAAUUCAAGGUGUGAGUAGAGAAGCGGCCAAGAAUACCGAAAGAGGGUUUGAGAAGAAAAUCAAGGAGAGUCCGGCAACAACGUUGAUGGGGCAUGUGAAUUAUUUGGCACAGAAUAUGCAUUUGCUGGCUACACAGCCUUUGGAAGAGCCAGAAGCAGAAAAGGCUGAUUUUCCAGACGUCGCCCCUCUGUCAGUGGAGGAAGCAGCCCCUGAAAAAGACAUUGGCCCAGCGAAAGGUGACGAAGACGAUCGCAGCCAUAUCAAGUCCAUCCCACGCCCUCCCGAGUGGUCUGCUCAAAACGAAGUGGAAGAUUCCACUGACAGCGAGUACUCUGACUCCUACGAUUCAGGCGACGAAGACGAAGAUGACGGAGGCGCUGCUCUGGAUCGUGUUCCUGAAUCAUCGACAUCAACAACGGCUCCAGAGCGUGGCAUCUCUCUUUCCUUCCCAUUCUUAGAGCUCUACGGCAUUGAGCUGCUAGAGCUCAUCUCUUUGUGUAUCACGAUCAAGUGCGAGCGUUGCAAGGAUACUAUGGACAUUAGCAACCUGCGGAAUAAUGCAAGUCGCUCUGAGUCUUGUAAAAAGUGCGCCAUGCCUCUUGGCGUCGGUUAUCGAAGGGAGCUCAUGCAUGCGAAUUCUGUGAGAGCUGGGUACCUGGAUCUCGAGGGGUGUACUGUCCUUGAUAUGUUGCCAAGUAACUUUCUCCCAACUUGCUCUGAAUGCUCAACCACACAGCCUGCGCCAGGUUUAGUAUCGGUUCGCGGCGAGUCUUCCAUGGCAGUUUGCCGAGAGUGUCAUCGCAAAAUGACCUUCAAAAUCCCCGAAGUUAAAUUUCUCCUCAUAUCGGCCGCAGCCCGCGCAAACCGAGCCCCCGUCCGUAAAAGGCCCAAAGACUCCCUGGGCAUUACCGCAGGCCAACCCCUACCCCGAAAUGGCCGCUGUACCCACUAUAGCAAAUCCUACCGCUGGUUCCGUUUCAGUUGCUGCUCUAGAUCGAGGAAAGAUCCCAGGAAGUACAAACGAAGACCCGGUGGCGUGGCGAGGAAGAUCAAGGCUGGGGGGACCGGUGUCGUUACCGCGUCGUAA